AUGAAUGACCCAACCCAGAUCAGAAGCGUUGCUCAGGAGCUGUCUGAUCUUGAGGUGGCUAUUUUACUCUGUCGUGCUGCACACGGCCACUGUCGCAUCGAUACAGCACGCGACAACAUUUCCGACGUCGCUAAGGAGCUCGCACUGAUCUGCUCAAACACGUUUAAUCUAUCAUAUAAUAUUCUCGAUUGCUCUGCAGACACGACGUUCGAUGAAUUUUGCGUGGAGCUUCUGCCGUCUAUCGCACGCAGGAGGUCGCAAAGCACUAAGGUCGCUCCCGAGCUGCCAAUAGUCGAUGUAGUGAUCGCGACGAAUUUCAAUUACGUCGACGAACGCAUCCAACUUCAAGCGCUUGAGUUAAUGCGUUCCAAGAAAUUGGUAGCACAAGAUGGCAUCUAUGUUGCCCCAGAACGUUUUGUCUUCCUGCCCCUUGUGGCUACUGCCUCGAGUGAUGCCCAGCCCAAGCUGAACCGUCAUUUGAAUGAUCAUCUUAUCAUCUCUCACUACCACGAUACAGAGGAUGGCUACGUGUACCUUGAAGAUGCCAAUGGCUGGAUCUCGGAUGACCAGAUAUCGGCUUCCUCUGUAGUCCGCAAAUCUGACAUACCGAUUCCCAGGGAACAUCCGCUGGUCGACCAGGCGGCAGUUGAAAAGCUCGAAGAGGCAGCAAAUGCUGUAAUAGUGAACGCGGAUCUCAUCCGGUAUCACCAGGAUAUUGUCGUUUUUUUGCGGCUCAGCCGUGCCGUGGCCGGGGGAAUAUCCUCCCGGUCCAAUAUUCUCUUCAUGAAAUUGUCCAAGUUUCUCGCCGCACUGCAUGGGAUUGAUUUCCUCACCCCGUCCAUCGUUGCACUCGCUGCGAAGAAGGUGUUCCGUCACCGCAUUGUCGUCGCAACAACCGAGGAUGAUCGCAGCCUGCAAUACGGGAGUGAUCCAGCGGUAGUAGCUCAAAUUCUGGCUCAUGCAAAUCCGGAUACAAUCUUGGAGAGCGUGCUUGCACUGGAGGCCCCGUUAUAG